AUGGCGCCCGCUUCCGGGUCCGCUCUGAGCCCCGACUCAAUUCUCGAUUAUAUGGUCAAGUCACUGCCGCCUCCUUCUUCAGACAGUGAACAGCCUCGACUCGUGAAAGAUCCCUAUGCUGCCAUAGCACUCUUCUCCCAUGCUUGUAUGCUUGCAGUAGGUUUUCGUCUGAUUGGCUUGGGAGAAGACCACAAAAUAGAUGCACAGUCUGAUCCUCAAGAUGCGCAACCUUUGCCUGCCGAGUGGAAUGCUUCUUCGUCAUAUGCCUUUCGAUAUGCGCAUUCACAGUCCUCGAUGGAGUUUCUGCUCAAGAUUAAUCGAUUAGGUGGAAAAGCCCUAGUGUUUGGUGUUGGUCUCGGUGAUGACAAGACAGCGUCUUUCGAAAUCAAAGCACAGGACUACAUAUCGGAAGGUUCCAUCGCAGAGGCUUCAAAUGUGUCGGAUGUGAAAUCUGCACUGCGGAAUGUGUUCAUUUCAGAUGGACGGAUAGUGGAUUUGGCAACCCUGUUCCGAGUGAGCAUCAUCCAGAAACUGGUCCCAGGCAUCUCGAAGGCAGGGUAUGAAGAGACGGCAUCUGCACAAGAACAACCCAGAAGACACGAGGAAACAAGACCUCCGGCUCGAGAUCCUUUGCGUGACGACCAUCCACCUCCUGCGAGGCCAUACCCGUUUGAUGGCCCAUUGGCUGCAGUGCCACGCAGACCUCAUCCACCUGGGGACUUUCCUCCACCAGGUUUUGAAGAUGAAUACGAGUUCAAUGCUCCCCCGCGCGGAUGGCCCGGUGCUCCCAAUCGGCCUCCGUUCGGCAACAUCGGCGACAGGGAUCUCUAUCCACCGGGACUCGGUCCUCAUGAUCCGCUGCGGAUAGGACCUGGAGGAGGGCUACGUGGCGGCGGUGGAAUGCACCCUACAUUUGACGAUCCUUUGUUCGCAGGCCAAGGCGGACCACAAGGGUACGAUCCCAUGGCACCGCCAGGAGCUCGAUAUGACCCAGUGGGACCAGGAGAUGGUCGGCCAAACCUAGGCGGCGGAGGAGGUCGCUUCCCAGGUGGACGUGGAGGUGGUUUUGGGGGCAAUCCCUUUGGUGGCUACGGCCGUGGCGAUUUCAUUUGA